AGGGAGGGAGGCCCGCGGCAGCGCGGCGGCAGCGAAGGCCAGCUUCCGCGGAGUUUGUGCCCGGGCUUCCCGGGCUCGGGCCGCCUCACGCGCACAAAUGGGGCUAGGGGACUGACUGGGUCGGCGUGGCCAAGGACGGCUAGUCUCUGAGGGAAAGUAGCCACCAGUCCAACUCGGGUCGCUCCCACUAUUACUUCGGGGGAGCGCGGCCACAGCAGGUCCUAUCUGGUGGUGAGCGGCUGUCAUGAUCUCGACAGCCCCGCUCUACAGCGGCGUGCACAACUGGACCAGUUCUGACCGGAUUCGCAUGUGUGGCAUCAACGAGGAGAGAAGAGCACCUCUUUCUGAUGAGGAGUCCACGACAGGUGACUGCCAGCGCUUUGGAUCUCAGGAGUUUUGUGUCAGCAGCAGUUUUUCCAAGGUGGAGCUCACGGCAGUUGGAAGCGGCAGCAAUGCCCGGGGGGCAGACCCAGAUGGCAGGACAGCAGAAAAACUUGGGCACAAGUCAGAAGACAAGCCUGACGACCCCCAGCCACAAAUGGACUAUGCUGGGAAUGUGGCUGAGGCCGAGGGCCUGCUGGUGCCGCUGAGCGGCGCCGGGGACGGCCUCGCGCUUCCUGCGGCUGACGGCGCUGCCGAGGCCGGCGACAGCACGGCCGACUGCUCCUGGGCUCCCCUCAGCACCCAAAUGAGCAAGCAGGUGGACUGCUCAGCAGCGGGGGUAAAGGCUCUGGACUCUCGGCAUGGCGUGGGGGAGAAGAAUACUUUCAUUCUGGCCACUCUGGGAACUGGAGUCCCUGUGGAGGGAACCCUGCCUCUGGUGACCACUAACUUUAGUCCACUGCCAGCGCCCAUCUGCCCCCCUGCUCCCAGUUCGGCUGCCGUCCCCCCGUCUGUUCCGGAUCCGUUCCAGGUUCCCCUCUCCGUCCCCACCCCGGUGCCCCACUCUGGGCUAGUUCCCGUCCAGGUUGCCACUUCAGUUCCGGCCCCUUCCCCUCCCUUAGCCCCGGUCCCGGCUCUGGCCCCGGCACCGCCGUCGGUGCCCACACUCAUCUCUGAUUCGAACCCCCUUUCAGUUUCGGCCUCAGUCCUGGUGCCCGUGCCAGCUUCGGCUGCCCCCUCGGGGCCCGUUCCCCUGUCGGCUCCGGCCCCUCCCCCCCUCUCAGUCCCAGUAUCAGCUCCUCCCUUGGCUCUGAUCCAGGCUCCCGUGCCCCCUUCAGCUCCAACCCUGGUCCUCGCGCCUGUCCCCACACCAGUUCUGGCUCCCAUGCCGGCGUCCACGCCUCCAGCGGCUCCCAACCCUCCGUCAGUGCCGAUGCCCACCCCGACUCCGUCCUCCGGCCCGCCCUCCACCCCCACCCUCAUCCCCGCCUUUGCUCCUACGCCCGUGCCCGCUCCCACCCCAGCCCCGAUCUUUACUCCAGCCCCCACGCCCAUGCCGGCGGCCGCACCAGCUGCCAUUCCCACUUCUGCGCCCAUGCCAGCCUCUUUCAGUCUGAGUCGAGUAUGUUUUCCUGCAGCUCAGGCACCAGCUAUGCAAAAAGUUCCCCUGUCCUUUCAGCCAGGGACAGUACUGACCCCAAGCCAGCCGCUGGUAUAUAUCCCACCUCCGAGCUGUGGGCAGCCGCUCAGUGUGGCCACACUGCCAACCACCUUGGGGGUCUCCUCCACUCUUACACUGCCUGUCCUGCCUUCCUACCUUCAGGACAGGUGUCUCCCUGGUGUGCUGGCCUCCCCAGAGCUCCGGUCUUACCCAUACGCGUUUUCUGUGGCCCGGCCUCUGACUUCAGAUUCCAAGCUGGUCUCUCUGGAGGUGAACAGGCUUCCCUGUGCGUCCCCAUCCGGCAGCACCAGCACCCAGCCUGCGCCCGAUGGGGUCCCUGGGCCUUUGGCAGAUACUUCCCUCUCUACUGCUUCUGCCAAGGUGCUUCCAACCCCACAGCCUUUGCUGCCAGCCCCCAGCGUGAGCUCGGCCCCAACGCACCCUGCCAAGGUGCCAGGUGGCGGUGAGCAGCAAGCAGAAGGGACUUCCGUCACCUUCUCUCCCCUCAAGUCACCUCCACAGCUGGAGCGAGAGAUGGCCUCUCCACCUGAGUGCAGCGAGAUGCCCCUCGACCUCUCCUCCAAGUCCAACCGCCAGAAGCUUCCAUUGCCGAACCAACGCAAGACGCCCCCCAUGCCCGUGUUGACCCCCGUGCACACCAGCAGCAAGGCCCUCCUCUCCACGGUCUUGUCAAGGUCUCAGCGCACAACCCAGGCUGCUGGUAGCAAUGUCACCUCAUGCCUGGGCUCCACUUCCUCGCCCUUCGUCAUCUUUCCCGAGAUCGUGAGGAAUGGAGACCCGAGCACCUGGGUGAAGAACUCGACUGCGCUGAUCAGCACCAUUCCUGGCACCUAUGUGGGAGUGGCCAACCCGGUGCCUGCCUCCCUGCUGCUGAACAAAGACCCUAACCUGGGCAUCAACCGAGACCCCCGCCAUCUCCCCAAGCAGGAGCCCAUCUCCAUCAUCGAUCAAGGAGAGCCUAAGAGCUCCGGUGCCCCCUGUGGCAAGAAGGGCAGCCAGGCUGCGACUGAGGGACAGCCAAGCACAGUCAAACGUUACACCCCAGCCCGCAUCGCCCCUGGGCUGCCGGGGUGCCAAACCAAGGAGCUCUCUCUCUGGAAGCCCACGGGGCCAGCAAAUAUUUACCCACGGUGUUCAGUCAAUGGGAAACCCACCAGCACCCAGGUCCUGCCUGUUGGCUGGUCACCAUACCACCAAGCGUCUCUGCUUUCCAUUGGCAUUUCCAGUGCCGGGCAGCUGACCCCCAGUCAGGGGGUGCCCGUAAGGCCCACCAGUGUUGUUUCUGAGUUUUCUGGUGUGCCGUCUCUUGGCCCCAGUGAAGCUGUGCACGGACCUCCCGAGGGGCAGCCGCGGCCUGGGGGCCCCUUUGCUCCAGAGCAGGGCACUGGCACAAAGAACAAAACUUGCCGGAUUGCUGCCAAGCCUUACGAAGAACAAGUCAACCCCGUCCUCCUGACUCUCAGCCCUCAGACGGGGACCUUGGCGCUGUCUGUCCAGCCUAGCAGUGGGGACAUAAAAGUGAAUCAGGGGCCUGAGGAAUCAGAGAGCCACCUCUGCCCCGACAGCACUCCGAAGAUAGAAGGUCCCCAGGGGGCUUGUGGCCUGAAGCUGGCAGGAGACACGAAGCCUAAAAACCAAGUGCUGGCCACCUACAUGUCCCAUGAGCUAGUCCUGGCCACCCCCCAGAACCUGCACAAGAUGCCCGAGCUGCCUUUGCUACCUCAUGACAACCGCCCCAAGGAACUCAUCUUGGAUGUGGUCCCGAGCAGCAAGAGGGGCUCCAGCACAGAGCUUUCACAGCUUGGAAGCCAGGUGGACCUGGGACGGGUUAAAAUGGAGAAGGUGGAUGGUGACGUGGUCUUCAACUUAGCCACCUGCUUCCGGGCCGAUGGCCUCCCAGCAGCUCCCCAGAGGGGCCAAGCUGAAGUUCGGAAUAAGGCCGGGCAGGCCCGAGUGAAACAGGAAAGCGUAGGUGUCUUUGCUUGCAAGAACAAGUGGCAGCCAGACUCGGUGGUGACCGAUGGGGUGACCGAAUCUCUGCCGCCCAAGAAGAUGAAGUACGGCAAAGAGAAGGAUGGUGAGGAGCAGCAACCACAAGCCAAGGUCACAGCUCGGAGUUCCCACGGACCCAAGUGCCGGAAGCCGCCUAGUGACCCCCAGGAACCCACCAAGAAAAGCCCCAGGGGGGCUUCAGAUUCAGGAAAAGAGCACAAUGGAGUCAGGGUAAAGCACAAGCACCGGAAGCCAGCAAAGCCGGAUUCCCAGUCUCCAGGAAAGCGAGCUGAUGGCCACGAGGAAGGUUCCUUGGAGAAGAAAGCAAAGAGCAGUUUCCGUGACUUCAUCCCCGUGGUUCUGAGCACGCGGACGCGCAGUCAGUCUGGAAGCAUCUGUAGCUCCUUUGCUGGUAUGGCAGACAGUGACAUGGGAAGCCAGGAAGUCUUCCCCACAGAGGAGGAAGAAGAUGUGACCCCCACCCCGGCUAAGCGUCGCAAGGUGAGAAAGGCCCAACAGGACACCCAGUAUCGCAGCCACCAUGCCCAGGACAAGACUCUGCUGAGCCAGGGCCGCCGGCACCUGUGGCGAGCCCGAGAAAUGCCCUGGAGGACUGAGGCUGCCCGGCAAAUGUGGGACACCAACGAGGAGGAGGAGGAAGAAGAUGAGGAGGAGGGCCUGGUGAAGAGGAAGAAGCGGAGACGACAGAAGAGCCGAAAAUAUCAGACUGGGGAGUACCUGACAGAGCAAGAAGAAGAGCAGCGGCGGAAAGGGAGAGCAGAUUUAAAGGCCCGUAAGCAGAAGACUUCCUCCCAAAGUUCGGAGCACCGCCUCAGGAACAGGAACCUUCUCUUGCCCAACAAAGCCCAGGGGAUCUCGGAUUCACCAAACGGUUUCCUCCCAAAUAACCUGGAGGAGCCAACCUGCCUUGAAAAUUCAGAAAAGCCAUCAGGAAAACGAAAGUGCAAGACCAAGCACAUGGCAAAUGUCUCAGAAGAGGCCAAGGGCAAAGGUCGUUGGAGCCAGCAGAAGACACGAUCUCCCAAAUCUCCCACCCCAGUGAAGCCCACGGAACCAUGCACACCCUCUAAGUCCCGAAGUGCCGGCCCAGAGGAGGCCUCCGAGUCACCUACAGCCCGGCAGAUCCCCCCAGAGGCACGUCGGCUCAUAGUGAACAAAAACGCGGGCGAGACCCUCCUGCAGCGGGCGGCACGUCUUGGCUAUAAGGAUGUUGUUCUCUACUGCCUCCAGAAGGACAGUGAAGACGUGAAUCACCGCGACAAUGCUGGCUACACGGCCCUGCACGAGGCCUGCUCCAGGGGCUGGACUGACAUCCUGAACAUCCUGCUGGAGCACGGGGCCAACGUGAACUGCAGCGCGCAGGAUGGCACGAGGCCAGUUCAUGACGCGGUGGUCAACGACAACCUGGAGACCAUCUGGCUCCUGCUGUCCUAUGGGGCUGACCCGACACUGGCCACCUACUCGGGACAGACAGCCAUGAAGCUGGCCAGCAGCGACACCAUGAAGCGCUUUCUCAGCGAUCACCUCUCGGAUCUUCAGGGCCGGGCCGAGGGUGACCCUGGCGUGUCCUGGGACUUUUACAGCAGUUCUGUGUUGGAGGAAAAAGAUGGCUUUGCCUGUGACCUCCUGCACAAUCCUCCCGGGAACUCUGAUCAAGAAGGAGAUGAUGUGGAAGAGGAUGAUUUUAUGUUUGAGCUCUCAGACAAGCCUCUUCUCCCCUGCUACAACCUCCAAGUGUCAGUGUCCCGAGGACCCUGCAACUGGUUCCUCUUUACCGACGUCCUGAAGAGGCUGAAGCUUUCCUCCAGGAUCUUUCAGGCUCGGUUCCCGCACUUUGAAAUUGCCACCUUGCCCAAGGCUGAGUUCUACCGGCAGGUGGCCUCCAGUCAGCUUCUGACCCCAGCCGAGAGGCCUGGAGGCAUGGACGACAGAUCAGCCCCAGGCUCCUCUGAGACUGUGGAGCUGGUGCGCUCUGGAGCUGCCCCCUUCCUCUGACAAAGUGACUCCCAGGUUUGUUUUCACCCCACUGGGGAGGGGGCAAGAGGGGUGGGUGGAGGGGGGCCCUGAGGACCUGUGACUAAUGAAGGUGGCUGGUGCUGGCCUGGGGCUGGGGGGUUGAGGGUAAUCCUGAGGCUUUGGUGCUUCCCCCCCCCUCCAUUUUUCUGUUUCACCACCUGCCCUUUGCAGCAGCCCCACUACCUUGAGAUUAGUGUUUCUGGGGAGAGGUGGAUUGUGAGGGGGGCGGGGUUAAUGGGUCACUCUAUUUGGGGAGAGUCAAGAAUGGGCCUGAAGGCUAAGGUCGCCCCCUCCUCACACUUCCUUCACUGCUCCCCUCAAGAGUGCACAAUAUGGGCUUGUACCCACAUCUCCACCCCCCUCCUCCAGCCACCCCACCCCCUCCGGCCCUCACCCUUUCUCCAUGCUGAGCCUCUCAGCUCCCAGCCCUUGACCCUCACCUCUCCCCCUUGUCAGACUCAGUACCCCCUUCCUCUCUCCUCCCUGCUUCUCCCUCUGCCCCCCAUUCUCCUUUGGAAUCUGCAGAGGGCUCUGGGACGGAUUGCCAGAUGUGAGAUCCAGGCCUCAGCUGUUUGCUAGGCGAGGGCAGGAGGUUGGGCUCCGUUCCUGCUAAGGGACCUGGGGCUGACUGUGGGGCCCUGCCAGGCCUCCCUCCUGGCCUCCUGCGCUGGGUUUGUUCUGGGACAGAGAGGGAGAGAGGGAGGAGCUGGGGGGGGGGGCGGUUCCCUGUCCCUGCCCCGCUCUGUGGCAUUGUCUUUCCUACUCCUGUUCUUAUUUUUCUACCAAUUGCUAUUUUUUCCAAACAAUCCUUGUAGAGAGUAUGUACCAUCCGAAGGCAGGAGGGCCUCACUGUGGCCGGCUCUGGUUGGAGAUGGUACAGUUUUAUUGUACAGGUGCUAAAACAACAACAAAAGAAGAAAAUGGAAAAAAAAAAGACAAAAAAAAAGGCAAAAAAAAAAAAAAAAAAAGCCAGUUUGAGGGUGGGACAAUCUGUUCUCUGGAGACUCCUGACCCAUGCGGGAGCAUUGGUGGUUAUUUUCUUUGUAUUGUGUUUGUUCUUUGUUCCCAGGGGGAAGUUCUAGGCCCCCUUCUGUAGGACUGCUCCCCACCCCCACCAUACUGCCCAGUUGGUUUUGAACAGCUGUUCUCCCUUUUUAAAAAAAAAAAAAUAUAUAUAUAUAUAUAUAUAAAGUUGAGGGGUUUUGGGUUUUAAUUUUUUGGUUUUGUGGGGGUUCAUGGUAUUGUGUGGUUUAUUUUAUGUUUGCCUUUACCUUUUUGCAUUUGGGUGUGUAUUCUGGCUGCCCUUUAUGUUUCAUUUUAAGCAACUGGCUGUGGAGUCAAAAACACUUGCAUACUGAAAAACCUG